CCAGAGGGAGGAGGAGGAGGGGCUGGAGGCAGACCUUUCCUUUGGCUGGCCGCUCUACACCUUGCUGUAUGACAAGGAUCUAGUGCAGCAUUGUAGUGCAGUUGAUGGUUUGGACAAGGCUUCAAUCGCUAAUUCAGAUGGACCAGCCCCAGGAUCCCAAACUCCCCCCUUCAAGAGGAAGGGCAAACUCUCCAACAUUGGCAAAAUCUUUAAACCUUGGAAAUGGCGGAAGAAGAAGACAAGUGACAAAUUCAGAGAAACAUCAGCUGUGUUGGAAAGGAAGAUUUCGACAAGACAAAGCAGAGAGGAGCUGAUAAGAAGGGGAGUGCUGAAGGAAAUGCCUGAGCAAGAUGGUGAUGUAACAGUAAAUUUUGAAACUUCAAAUGGACACACCAUAGCGAUUGGUGAAGAAACCAUACAGGAAGAAAAUGUGGUAAAAGCCAGUGGAAAUAAUGGUACUUUGUCAGAAAAAGCAUCAGCAUCAGAAGGAAAAAAAGAAGAUCAAAAAGAGAGCACUACUGAUCACUGCCCAGAAAUACCGACAUCCCAUGCUCCACCACUACCCAAGCCUAAGCCUAAAACUAAAAAAGCUCCACUACCACCAAAAAAUGCCAUUGCUGCUUCCACCACUACCAGCCAUAAGGGUAACGAAGCACCUCAUGCUAAAAAAAAGGGAAAGGCUCCUGCUAAGCAGCCUCCUCUCCCACCGCCCAAGCCAACAGGUCACAGUGCAAGUCGAGAAGCUGCUGGUUCCUCUCAUGCAAAAAAACCUCCAGUCUCCAAGCCUUCAUCGUCAGCAUCUCCUUCAUCCGCAUCAUCUCAUCCCAAAGCCGCUAAGGAGACUUCCAGCAAAUCAGGCCCAUCAGGGACUCCCAGGGGCAAGAAAAAAACUGGGAAACAGUCAGCCCCACGAACAGCACCAGAUGGGGCUGCUUCUUCCCCUUCAGGUGCCACAGCCAACAGUUUGGAAGUGAAGGCAGAAAAACCCAAGUCUGAGCAACCUUCCAUAGUAAUUUUUGAAACGGAGGAUGUAGAUCAAUUGAGCAAACUUGUUGUUCCCCCUCCUCCCACUGCUGCCCCUCCUCCACCUCCACUUCCACCUCCUUUUCCUGCUGCAGCUAGUCAGCCUGCUGUCUCCUCAGAUGCCCAAGAUGUGUCAGACAGCUGUGUGGCAGGGCCAUACAGCCCUGGAUCAGCCCUUACUAAACCUCUUCUCCAGACUGAGCAUGGCACAGAUGACAGCCUGAGCUGUACAGCCCUAGCCAGCAGUCCAGAUGCUAGUGGAGAAGACAGAGAAAGCUUGGCUACCAAAGAAGACCAAGAAGUGGAGGCACCAGACCAGGCACACUCUGAUUUGGUGGAGGAGGCUUCUGAUGCUGCUGCCCCUCCUGAGAGUGAAAGUAGCAGAGAGAGCCAUGGCAGUGACUCGGACUCAGAUGGGCCCAUACUGUACACAGAUGAUGACGAUGAUGACGAUGAUGAGAAUGCAAGUGCUGAAAGCUCUUUGGCAAGUAAAAUUCGUCGUAGGGAUACUCUUGCUAUCAAACUUGGCAACAGACCAUCUAAGAAAGAAUUAGAAGACAAAAACAUCUUGCAGCGUACAUCUGAAGAGGAGAGGCAGGAAAUCAGACAUCAGAUUGGAACGAAGCUAGUGAGGAGACUUAGCCAGAGGCCUACAACUGAAGAGCUGGAGCAAAGGAAUAUUCUGAAGCAGAAGAAUGAAGAAGAGGAACAGGAAGCCAAAAGAGAAAUAAAACGUAAACUCAGUAGAAAGCUGAGUCUGAGGCCUACAGUGGCUGAACUUCAGGCAAGAAGAAUCCUUCGAUUUAAUGAGUAUGUGGAGGUCACGGAUUCUCCAGAUUACGACCGUCGUGCUGACAAGCCUUGGGCCAGGUUAACUCCUGCAGACAAGGCAGCAAUACGGAAAGAACUGAAUGAAUUUAAAAGCACAGAAAUGGAAGUACAUGAGGAAAGUCGGCAAUUUACCAGGUUUCAUCGUCCGUAACUGUUUGAGCAUAUCCCAUAUUUCAUGUAACAAUUUUCUUUGGGGAAAUCAUUGC